UGAAGACAAAAUAUGAUGUGACAAUACAAUGCUACGGGUAUCUUUUCUUAAGACAAAAUAAUUUGAAAUCUGAAGACAAAAUACGAUGUGACAAUACAAUGCUACGGGUAUCUUUUCUGAAGACAAAAUAUGAUGUGACAAUACAAUGCUACGGGUAUCUUUUCUUAAGACAAAAUAAUUUGAAAUCUGAAGACAAAAUAUGAUGUGACAAUACAAUGCUACGGGUAUCUUUUCUUAAGACAAAAUAAUUUGAAAUCUGAAGACAAAAUAUGAUGUGACAAUACAAUGCUACGGGUAUCUUUUCUUAAGACAAAAUAAUUUGAAAUCUGAAGACAAAAUACGAUGUGACAAUACAAUGUUAUGAGUAUCUUUUCUUAAGACAAAAUAAUUUGAAAUCUGAAGAUAGUGAAUAUCUACACUAUAAAACAUUGGCUUAAUGUAGACCAACUACACAUACGACUAAAGAUGAAUUCUCAUUAUGGUAGUUCAUCUUAUUUGGCAUCGUCUUCUUCUUCUUCAGAUGAUGAUGAUUAUUAUGAUGAUCUAGAAAAACAAGUGGUAUGUCAAAUUACUGCUAACAACAAUUUUUGCAUCGCUCAACAUCAAAAUAACGAAGGGUCACACAGGGGCUCAAUUCCUGGUCAUAUAGUAGUCAACCGUGACCGAGAAAAUGCUGAUUGCAAUCUCUUCAACGACUAUUUUGCAGAGAACCCUCGAUUUUCUGCCUCGAUGUUUCGCCGAAGAUUCCGAAUGGGUCGUGCUUUAUUCCUUCAUAUUUAUGAUGUUGUACAAAGGCAUGACAAUUACUUCGUCCAACGAAGAGAUGGACUCGGUAAGCUUGGGUUAUCGGGUCUACAAAAAGUAACAACCGUAUUUCGAAUGUUGGCAUAUGGUGUACCGGCAGAUGCUACCGACGAGUACAUCAAAAUAGGAGAAUCUACUGCUUUGGAAAGUUUGAAACGAUUUUGUCGUGCUGUUGUCGAGGUCUUUGGAGCCCGCUAUCUCCGAUCACCUAACGCUGAUGAUGUUGCAAGGCUACUACACAUUGGUGAAAGUCGAGGUUUUCCUGCUGGGGGUGUUUCUCCACCCGCUAAUUAUGUCAUUAAAGGGAAAGAGUAUAAUAUGGGUUAUUAUUUAGCUGACGGUAUAUAUCCAAAAUGGUCUACUAUCGUUCAAACCAUUCGUGAGCCACGUGACCCGAAGAAACAAUUUUUUGCUCGAAAACAAGAAGCAUGUAGAAAAGAUGUAGAACGUGCGUUUGGAGUAUUACAAUCAAGAUUUGCCAUUGUGGCAGGACCAUCGCGUCUAUGGAAUAAGAGGAUAUUACAUGAUAUAAUGACUUCAUGUAUUAUUAUGCAUAAUAUGAUAAUAGAAGAUGAACGUGACUUUAAUGCACCCAUUGAAGAACGGUUCGAAGUGCCAGAUCCAGAAGUUGAGAUGGUGGGUAAUGACGAUGCUCGAUUUCAAGAAUUUCUAGCUCGACAUAGAAAAAUCAAAGAUAAGGAUGCUCACAUUGCACUUCGAAAUGCAUUAAUUGAACACUUGUGGGACGAAUAUAGUAUCGGAAAAUUAGUUUAA